AAAAUGCUGUCAUAUCCACAGAAAUGUAAUUCAUUCAUAUGAUAUGGCACUCAACCUUGUUUCUCUUGUAUGGCUCUUUACUCUAACUAUUAGUACUAGCACAUUGGCAUUGAAUCGAAGUAGUUUUCCAAUAGACUUCAUCUUUGGAACAUCAACCUCAGCAUAUCAGUAUGAAGGUGGUGCAAAGGAAGGUGGCAAGGGAACAAAUAUAUGGGAUACUUUCACUAAAAAAUAUCCAGAAAAGAUAGCUGACAGAAACACAGGAGAAGUCUCUGUUGAUGGGUAUCAUCUAUACAAGGAAGAUGUUGGAAUCAUGAAGUAUAUGAAUUUAGAUGCAUACAGAUUAUCCAUCUCAUGGUCGAGAAUACUACCAAGUGGAAGAAUAAGUGGAGGUAUAAAUGAGGAAGGGAUCACAUACUACAACAACAUGAUCAACGAGCUAUUAGCUAAUGGUAUAGAAGUAUUUGCAACCAUUUUUCAUUGGGAUCUACCACAAGCUUUGGAAGAUGAAUAUGGUGGUUUCUUAAGUCCUCUCAUUGUAUUUGAUUUUCGGGAUUACGCGGAGCUUUGCUUCAAGGAAUUUGGAGAUCGAGUGAAACAUUGGAUUACUAUAAAUGAACCAUCGACUUACACAACAGCAGGAUAUGUUAUAGGGAUGUUUCCGCCCGGUCGAUGCUCUGAUUGGCUAAAUCUCAACUGCACCGGCGGUGAUUCAGGGACAGAGCCCUAUUUAGUUGCACAUCACCUACUCCUUGCUCAUGCAGCAGCUGUUCAAGUGUACAAGACAAAAUAUCAGGUACCGCUGUUACUUAAAAGCCAAAGUGAAUAUCAAAAGGGAUGGAUAGGAAUAGCCUUACAGUCCUACUGGUUUGAGCCACUUUCAAAUAGCAAAUCCGAUGAAAGAGCUGCAGAACGAUCAAUUGACUUCAUGUUGGGAUGGUUUAUGACACCAUUGACAACAGGAGACUAUCCACAACAUAUGCGAUCCUUGGUUGGACAACAAUUGCCAAAGUUCUCUGAAGAGCAAGCCAGACUACUUAGGGGUUCUUUUGAUUUUAUUGGAUUAAACUACUACACAUCUAGAUAUGCUGCCAAUGUACCUAAUUUAAACAAAACUAUUCCUUGUUAUCUCACAGAUUCUCUUGCCAAUGUGACUGCUGAGCGUAACGGAGUGCCCAUAGGUCCAAAGGGUGCUUCAGAUUGGUUUUAUAUUUAUCCAAUGGGAUUUAAGAAACUAUUGGUCUACAUCAAGGAAAAGUACAACAAUCCUUUGAUUUACGUAGCCGAAAAUGGUAUAGAUGAGAAUAAUGAUCCAACACUGUCAUUAGAUGAAGCCCUUAAGGAUAUUCACAGAAUUAAAUAUCAUCAUGACCAUCUGUCAUAUCUCCAAUCAGCAAUUAGGAUGGGCGUAAAUGUAAAAGGAUAUUUUGUUUGGUCGUUAUUGGACAAUUUUGAAUGGACUGAAGGCUACACGGUGAGGUUUGGAAUGAACUUUGUAGAUUACAACAAUAACUUGAAAAGAUAUCAAAAGCUCUCAGCACAAUGGUUCAAGAAUUUUCUUGCGAGAGCUUAGACUUUCUAAUAUAUAUGUCUCUCUUUGCUAUGAUAAAUAAUGCAAUGAGAUUCAUAAAAUAAAUAUGUAUCAAGAAGUGACAUAUGUUUUUUCUUUCUCAAAAGCAACUAUUGUGAUUCAUUAUAUUAUGAUUUGUGUAUGUGUAUAAGAAAUUUCAACAA